GUAUAAGUAUAAAGCAGUAUAAAUGAGUCGCAUAUUCAAAGAUUUUCGUCCAACUGAUUACACGGGAAAUCUCAAUAUAACCCGGAACAUUACUUUAACUUGUCAUAAAAGACAAGCGCAGGAUGAGAAUCCCGAGGAGCGCUCUGUGCCUGGCGAUCCUGGCGAGCAGUUUAUCGUUGGCAGUUUGCGACAAGCAGUUGCUACCGGAGCUCUCAUUCCCUUUGUCAGGCUACAGCCUUGACUGGCCAUGUCAAAGCACGAGGAACAUUUACGAAACGAGUGGACGUUACAUCCCCAGGAAUGUAAUCGGCACGAGGGCGCAGAUCUACAGGGAGGACAUAAUCAUAGCGAUGCCGCGCUACAAACCGGGUGUACCCUUCACCUUAGGUGUCAUGUCCCUGAAAGCGAAGGACUGCGCACCGAAAGUGACACCGUUCCCCUGUUGGGCGAUUCAGGAAGAGGGCAACUGUCAGGCCCUGCAGAGCGUUGUGGACGUAGCUCUGGACAUUCAGGAAAUCCUGUGGGUAUUGGACGUUGGUAUCGUAAACACUUUGGAGCAACCGGUACGCAGAUGUCCCCCGAAAGUCGUCGGAAUUAACGUCAAAUCCGGAAAGGUACGAAAAAUUACGAAUUUCGUACCUGGAUUUAAGAGACUUAUGUGGGUUGUCGAGAGUAAUUUCCAGGAUUAUAUACAGAACACCGUGAGUUGCUCGGGCGCUUCCGUGGCCAUUCAUCCCUUGGUCAAAUCUUGCGACGAGUAAGAAUUACUUGUCAACCGAGUACUUCCUUAUGACCACUACGGCACGCGGUUAUAUAUAAAUCUAUGUCUUGUAAACAGGAAUUGAAAUCGGCGAUUUUAGAAAGCGUUCAGAUUUCGAUGCGUUAGACACGUGAAAAUGAUACACCUACGUUUAUUUGCGGCAAUGGAAAUACGACAGUUAGCGCAAGAUACAUUUUUCCGUAUUUUUAGCAUCGAGAUAUAAUUUCGGUAAAAUUAUAUUGAUUUUGAUUCCUAUUUCUAUGUAGAUAGAACAACGAAUCUCACAUUUUAUUUUUUCAUGGUUGAAAGAUAAUAAUUACUCGGACCGUAUGACAUUUCUUGACAUUGUGACAUUAGUUGUUACAGCAAUCAGGUAUCGCUGAAUUAAGUUUAAAGAAAUAGAAAAAUCGAGUUCUAUUUUGUCGCUGAUCUAGUCAUGUAAUCGGCAGCGUUCUCGUAGAUAGUAAGUGCGAUUUGCGAAAUUAAUAUUACUUAAUAUAGAUGUUGGAAUAAUCGAUCGCGUAGAGAGAUAUAAUUAGCCUAUUUACAAUGUUUACUUCUACCACGAGAUUAGUACAGCCGUGACCGAUGGAGAGCUUUUUUACAAAGCUCACGCUUACAUUACACGAUCCGCGGUCACGUGACCGUCAUAUCAAUAUAUGGACAAAUUGACCAGUGUCAAAAUUACUUGUAUCAGUCGAUAUGUAAAUCAAUGCCGGCAAACACUUGCAGUUUUCAACGUGAUUCCUUAAUAAUUACAGUUAUUCAACCUCUGCCCCCAUAUUAUCUUCUAAAGAAAAUGAGUUAUUCUCUGAUUAGUAAUAUUGAUUGUAACACCUUGUAAUCGUUAUUAUGUAAGUCGAAAAGAAAAUAAUGAGCUAGUAAACGUCAGCUUAUAUAAACAGUUGUGUGUGUGAA